UUAACAUGUUGUGGAGGCAAGAAAGGAUAAAAUAAAACCUGUAUUUAAUGCAUUUGUAGACAGUUCAUUCAACCUUAUGGCCUUUUUGAUAAACAUGCACUUUUGCAAAAGCCUCUUCCUCACAAUGCUGACCUCUUUAUAAUUUAAUAAAGAACCGUGAUAAGGUCAGGGUUUUUUUAUGUAUUAUCAGUGGUGUAGUGGUUUUUGAACAUGGAGUAUAGAGCUCUUUUGUGAGAAGUCAACACAUAGAUUUAUAUAAAGCAAGCUAAAUUUCGAAGAUGCAGUAGCAACACGCUGCAGUCUCAGAAGAAGGAAGGCCCACUUGGUGCACUAGAAAAGAGAAAUAAAAAAAAGGCUGAGUGAAGGGCUAAGCAGCCGUCUGCCAAUUGGAUAUGGAGGAUUCUGGCAAAGUCCGGUUUCUCUGCCGUUUCUAAGGAAACAACAGUCCAACAACAGUCCACACAUCAGACUCAGCGCUAAAAAGAAGAGAGGACAAAACUACAAUCAGACUGAGAAUCAGACAACUUCGUCAGACACAGCGGGCCCAGAAGGAGCACAGUCACCACGGUAACAGACUCAGACUGCAGGUUCAGAAAAAAAGAGUGGAGGUCUGAAAAAGAAAGACGGUUCAGCCAUCCAGACUGACAGCCAUCUGAGGACCAGAGUUGGAGAAGUCUUAGAGGAACUUGCUGCUUCAGCUUCCCCAGUUAACCUCUGCCUUUCAGUGCCCAGCAUGCAACACUGCCAGAGGCUGGACCAGAGACUCCACUUGCUCAGCGAGGAGAUCAGAAGCAUGAGUCAGGAAAAGGAGCGAGGGGAGCAGGUGUGGAGAGAACGACUGCAGCGCUGCCAGAGGCAACUGAAGGCAAAAGAGGAGGAGAUGAGUCGCCAGUCCCAGUAUUUUGAGAACUUUAAGACUCAACUCCAUCACAAGCUCAACUCAUACAGGGACAGAGAGCAGAGCUUACUGAAACGCAUCUACAGCUUGGAAAAGCAGCUACUUGACAUCACUGUGAGUGCUGCCACUGGCAUGGCAUCGAUGAAAGGAGUUAGAAUCACAGCUGGGCCUGAGAAACAGUCGGAGGACCAAGACAGGCUACCGACCAUGAGAGGAGAGGGGGAAGGAGAAGAGCAGAAAAAGGAAGACAGCGGGACUUACUGCCUGCCGAGCAUGUUGCCCGAUAGAGCAAAAAGUCCAGAGGGUGAUAUAGAAGUAAAAGAGUCAGAAAACAAAGGAGCACAUGUGUCUUUUAAUGAUUCCAGGCUUCAGGGCUUCAUUCUCAGCCUGCAGGAAGACCUCAGAGUGCUGCUGGAAAGACAGGAAGCUGGGAUGACUGAGCGACGCGUACUGAUGGAGCAGCUUCAGGAGGCUCAAGAGAAGAACCAGCUGUUAGCCUGCAAAAUGGAGGGGAUGAAGGCUGAGACUGACCAGCUGAAGCUAUCUGAGACCUCCCUGAUGGAGGAGGUUGAAGUUUUAAGAGAAGAGAACCAGAGACUUCAGCAGGAGGCAACUAACCAAACACCUCUCCAGUCAUCCUCGGACUCUGAAUCUACCCGUUUGAGUCUCUGUGCCAACUGGCCUCACAGCAGCCAUAAUGUUUGCCGGGCGUCGUCCAACAUGGAACUAACCUCCCCAAAAAACACGGAAAAGAACCAACCUGCUGCAGAUAAUGAAAGAGUGCAUUUAAUCGCGGUGCCACCUAUUGACCACCAGGCAGCAGUAGUGUAUAAACAAAACUACAAAAAAGAUUUCUCUUUGCAAGCCAAAUCGAAAAAUCUGCCAAAACACAAAGCACCUGUCCUCCUUCAAUCGUUUUUCAACAAACCCAAGUGUCAUUUGCAAUCACUUCCAUUCACAGUUGAAACCUUUGGAAAUGUUAAACUAGGAGAUGUCGAGGAAAGUCUCAGUGAGGAAUCUGAUGCCUUGAGGAGAGCCUUUCAGAGCCUAGGGUUUGAUGAAGAUCCUCAACAGCAAUGUGAGAACCUGAAUAUGGACUUGCAACACAGAAAGGAGCAGAUGAAGGCAGUGACUCAGGAAAAUGCUGAACUGAAAUCCCAGCUUAGGAAAACAAGAUGCGAGGAACAAACCACAUCAGACCUCCAUUCUUCAAGAGAAAAGAUUGCAAGUGUUUCAUCCUGUAAUGGAAUGGAUUCUCCACAAUCAUCUCAAGAUGACCCCAGUUUUGAUCUCAAUCAAGAAGAUCUGAUCCAAGCCCUGAACCAGGAAAAUCGGGCGUUGGCAAACCGGAUCCAGGAGCUGCUGGCUCACAUUGAACACAAAAAAGAGGAAGCCAAAAAAGAACAAACUCAAUUGAGGAAACACAUUUCCAAACUGGAGGAGAAUGGGGUCAGGCUGGAGCAGGAGAAGCAAGAACAAAGCUGUUUGAUCCUGGAGCUGACCAGGAAGACUGAAGAUGAUCUGAAUACCAUAUGUGAACUUCAGCAAAAGUUAACUGAGGCCGGAGAGGUGAAAGAGGAGUCACAGAGUAAUGAGCUUUGGUGUCAGAAUGGCCAUUCGGUGCCAGUGUCAGCGCAUUUUCUUCAAAACAGACAAGAAGAUGAUGCGGAAAGUUUAGUUACAAGUAUGUUAAAAGAAAACAAAACGCAGUUUAUUCAAGAAAUCGACAAUCUGACAAAAGCUCAACUUGAAAAACAUUGUUCGGUUCAAAACAACUCGAAUGGUGUGCAUGUUGGUUUAUUGACAGCUCAGGUGACCCAGCUCACCAAUUUAGUCCAAAACCUCCAAAGACAAGAAGAAGAACUAACUGGUAACUUAAAUGAUCUGAAAGAACAGCAAAAAGAGGUUUCAUUUUCUGUUCAAACACAAACAGAAGAAAAGCAGCAGUUAAUUCGCACAAUCUGGACACUCAAGGAGGAGAAAGAUGGUCUCUUUGAGGCUUUGAGUAAUCUCAAACAAGAAAAAGAGAAACUGACAAAGUCAGUCUGUGUGCUGAGGGAGGAAAGAGAUCAGGUGCAAAGAUCUACUAAUGCUGUAAAACAGAAGAAAGAGCACCUAACCGGGUCUUUAUCUGAUCUAGAAAGGCAUAAAGAGGCAAUAACAGAAUUAAUCUCAAGCAAAAAAAGAGAAGAAGAUAAAAUUGCACAGACGCUGCAAGAUUUACAGAAAGAAAGAGACCAACUAAGCCAGGCGGUGCUUUAUUUAAGACAACAGAAAGACAAACUGGGACUGUUGAUUCCAACUCCAGAGAAAGAAAGAAAAGAAACAGAGGAGGUUUUAAUUAGCUCCUCUGAACAGGAAAAGCAACCUUUGCAGAUAAAUCUGGAGUCAAGAGAGGAAAUAGAGAAAGUUCAUCAUUGUUUUAGUGAAACAGAAGAGAAUCAGAAGAAGCCGCUGAGCUCAGUCUGUGCUGCUGGAAUAAACAUGGAUGCUGCUGGGACAGAAGUUGAUGCUGCGCCAACAUGUGAGACCAGGGAUGACAGAGAAACACUCAUCCAGGAAAAAACAGAUCUGAUACGGGAGAUGACAGCUACAGGGGCAAAAUUAAAAAACUCUCAGAAGGAACUGAACCACAGCCAUUUAGAGAUAAAGAGGUUGUGCAGUGAGCUGUGUCAGUCAGAAGCCAGAAGGAGGGAAGCAGAACAGAUGAUGAGACUUACGCAGGCAGCCAGCAAGAUGGAAGACACCAAGAGGGACAAUGAAAACCUGACUGCCCAGGUAAAAGAGCUGCAGGUCAAAGUGAGCGUCCUGCUCAGGGAGAAGACGGAAGCUCUGUUUCUGAAGGCACAGGUGGAGGAACAGCACAGAGUCCUUGCUGCUCAGCUCAAAGCUAAAACUGUCGCCCUGGAGGAACUGAACUCAGAGUACAUGGAGCUGAAACAAGGACAGAGCAGCAGGGAUGAACUGAGCACAGCUCUGGUCUCUCUCAGGACAACUUACCAAGACAUCAGAGCAAAGUAUGACAAACUUCUUAAAAGUAAAGUUGUGACAGAUCUGGAUGUUGUUCCUCUGAAGGCCAAGCUGGCUUCCUUGGUCCUCAAGUGUCAGGAGAGAAAUGGCUUGUUACUUCAGAUGAUGGGGGUCAUGCAGAGAUGUGGCUGUAUGGACCCUACGCUCGCACAGCAGGUGGAGCAUCUGCUCAGUGAUGUUGCUCUGCAGGACUACUCGAUGGCUUUCACCCCACGAAACCACAUACGGAAACAGGACGCCUGUAGUCGGUUCACACAGGAAUUGAUUUCAAAUUUUAAAGUCCACAGUCUUCAAAAAGUAACGUGUCCAGCAGAGUCCAGCUAUGUUUGCAGUGAAGAAAACAAAGAUCAAUGUGCACAGAAAGAACAACAGUCUUCAAUAUGUGUUAAUGAGACCUCAACAAAUCUGCAAACUUGCAGAGAUUCUGCAGCAGAAACACAGACGAAACACUCACCGGAUCAAAGCCCACCUGUUAAAGAGCGUGCAAAUGUCCAAGGAUCACCUGUACUUACCCUGGACACCAACAGUUCCACGGUCUUUGCUGCCACUGAACUGAUCCAUGUAGGGAGUCGACCUGAGAAGCUUGAAUUCAAUCAUCUGGACAUGAAAGAGAAGUUUUCCUCGGAUGCAGCCAGGCAGAAGAAAUGCUUGCAGAAUCCCUCCUCCCCCACCUCUUCAAUCGGCUCAGGCAGGAGGUUGAGCAGUCCUGAGAAGAUCCUUAACAUGCAUGAGGAACUGCAGAGAACACUGAUGAGCACCUUUCAGUUGUCAGAGCGCAGAGGAAGAGAACAGCAUCCCAGCAGAAGACUGUCACCGUCAACCUCUGGAGACCAGAACUCCUCUUCUAGUUUGUGUCUCCCAGUUCCCUUAAGUCCACUCAAACCUUUUUCAAAGCCUGCUGCAACCAAUCUGUCAGCAACCCUUUUCACCGCUGUAUCAUCUAGAUCUGCAAAUCUUAGCCCUAGCAUGUCCACUAACCAUCACCUUAAAGCAGUCUUUUCCAAAACCUGUGCUGCUUCAAGCUCCUAUAACUCCCCUCCUGCUUUAGCAGAUAGCAAACAUGAAUCCAUCCCAGGUUCUUGCCACGGUGCAACUAUAUCCCCAAACAGGACAAAGAAAACCCCCACUCUCCCUAACACACAUGCAGACUCUCCUCCUCUAACGGCCUUAAACUGCAAUGGCAUUGAUCCAAAAAUCCCUCCUACUACUAUACCUGCCCCUCGCCCAACAAAUGCCUCCGGUAUUAACAUUUACAGCAUGACCUCAAAGAUGUAUGAUGCACCCGCCACACAUGCUGCUUUAACAUCCCACAUGAAGUCUCCCUGUUCAUCACCUGAGAGCUCCAUCAAGUCUGUGAAACGGUUCCGCGGUGCUACGAAGGAAUCUUUCCCAUCUAAACUAGAAGCUCCAGCUGAGGUUCGGUCUGUUGAGGUCAUUAAGACAGUGGGCCAGAGCAGCCUCCUGAUUGGCUGGGAGAGACCGGCGCUUGAUGAGCUGGGCUGCAGUAACGGCACGUUUGUGUAUGGAUACAGGAUUUUUGUAAAUGGCGACUUUCACAAAUCUGUUAUGAGUUCAGCGUGCACAAAGUGCAUUCUGGAGAGCAUUGAUCUGUCUGCUCCAGUCCUCAUCAAAGUCCAAACUCUGGGCUCCAAUGGUCUCCGCUCAGACUGUAUCCACACCACAUACAGGAUGUCAGAACCAGAAUGACUGUUUCCUGGUUACAGCUCUCACUGUGGAACAGAUAAGCUGCCAAAGUGCCACCAAAGCCACGGUGUCUAGAAUGAGCAACCUGACGUCCACAACAGCUGAGAGACGAAGUCCCGCCCGGUGCUAGAAUCGCUUCAUGCCAAUCAGGCAGAAAUACUCCCGUCACUUGUUUUUUUUUAUAUUUCUGCUCAUAGACACGCAGCGACCUGCCUCUUGACCUCAAAAUGAUUACCUGCAGACAAAACUCAACCUCUGCACUCAAACAUGGUCUGAAUUUUGUUUUGUUUUUUUCACCACUCACAAGAAACUGUUCCAGUCCUCUUCAAUGACAAUGAAUGGAAGCAGCAAGAUGGAGAAACGUGGCACUUUCUGAUGAUUAGGAUAGUCGUAAAAUCUGCAAAAAGAAAGUUCUAUUUAAAAAUACUCUUGACCCCCGACAUCUACUGACAAGAAGUAAGACGUGAAACAGCCUGCACCUGCUGCACACCUCCACACUGUGUUCAAACGUAAAGAUUGUCCGUUGUGCUGUUUCAUCAAAGAGCCUCACUGCCGCAUCUGUGGACUUUACAACAGAGUCAAUGAAGGCGUUUAUUGUCUGCAUUGAAAGGUUGCUGCGCUUGAUUUUUACACAUGAAGCCAAAUAUGCGAUGGACGACUCACUCCAAAGACUGUUUUAGUAAAUGCCUAUAGGAUUUCUGUAAAACACAGAUGUUAGAUUUAAUCUAUGUUGUGAGAUUUGCACACAAUCAUAAAGGCUAUAAGAAGAAAUUUUAACAAGAGUAACUGAGGUAUUUUUUUUUGUACAGAAUCUUUUAAAAAAUGCCAAUAUUUCACACACUGUACGUCUUUAUUAAGUGAACCUUUCAUACCUUCUAGAUGUCAAAAUGCACAUGUCGUUUUUAUUUUUUAUUUUAGAAACGCACAGCACCUGUUCUAUAACUUUGUUGUUCACUGCAUGCAGGACUUUGAAGUGAUCACGAUGCAGCAGAAGUAUUUUUCUAUCAGUAACUGAUAUUGUUGGUUUCUCAUAGAUUCCCAUUAACUAUACAGAAAAAUAAAUGUUUAAUUAAUAACAA